AUGGCGAGGUUCCUACGCCAGUCGGCGCAGCUCUCGCGGGCCGUCAGGCUCGCGCAGCAGCCCAUCACACGAAUGCGAUUCCAGCCGUCGAGAAUAGCACGAGCCGGCCCGCAAGCUCCGCUAGCUUGCUAUCGAUCGCGGCUCUACUCGACCAAAGGCCCCGAACCCCCGAAGAAGAAUCAAAAAAAAACCAGCGAGAAGAAGCCCGAGGGGAGGCAGAACCCGACCAAACCCCAGCUGUCAAAGGAGGAGCAAAUACGGAAGGACUGGCCGCUGCCCGAGGGAUGGGUGUACCUCAACGAGGAGGAGCUCGGGCUGUUGCUCAAGAUGGCCGAGAACGACAGGCUGCCCAAGUUCCAGAAGGAGUUCUUCAUCAAGAGCGUGGACGAGAUGAAGCUGCUCGGGGCCCCUAAGGACCUGCGGGACCUCCUGGCCUCGCUCAAGGAGCGCAAGCUGAAGAUGACGGUCGGCGACAUCGCCAAGAUCCUCCGCGUCUCGACGCAGGUCGCAAAGAGGUUCGCCGAUUACGAAUCGACGGUGCUGAUGCGCGAGCAGCAGGACGAAGGGAAGAAGGACGGCGCCAAGGACUCGCAGCAGCAGGAGGGACGCAGCAAUCAGGAGGGCGGCGAAGGCGGGGCCGGCGGGCCCGGCAGCAAGAAAUGGAUCUUUGGCAUUUUCAGCACCGGCGACCUGCUCAUGGCCGCCCUCGUCUGGGUCGUCAUUCUGCCGUUAUUUGAGUCGAUGUUCUUCGGCCAGGAGAAAGAGAUCACAUGGCAGGAGCUGCGGAGGAACUUCUUGGACAAGGGCCUGGUCAACAAGCUCGUAGUCAUCAAGAACCCCGGCCGCGUCCGCGUCGAGCUGAACCGCGAUGGGGUGAAGUCCGUCUACGGCGGAAACGAGGGCAUCAACCCCAACGUCCAGUACUACUUCUCCAUCGGUUCGGUCGAGAUGUUCGAGAAGCAGCUCGAGGACGCCCAGAACGAGCUCGGCAUCCCCCCCGCAGAGCGCAUCCCUGUCAGCUACGCCAGCGAAGGCGGCAUCAUGCCCCUCGUCUACGCCUUUGGUCCCACUCUCCUCCUGGUCGGUCUUCUCUACUACACCACGAAGCAGAUGGGUGGCCGCGGAGGCAACCAGAUGUUCGGUUUCGGCAAGAGCAGGGCCAAGAGGUUCAACCACGAGACGGCGAUCAAGGUCAAGUUCAGCGACGUUGCCGGCAUGGACGAGGCCAAGGCGGAGAUUAUGGAGUUUGUCAGCUUCCUCAAGACCCCGGAGCGCUUCGAGAGGUUGGGCGCCAAGAUCCCCCGCGGUGCUAUCCUGGCUGGCCCUCCCGGAACUGGUAAGACGCUGCUCGCCAAGGCCACGGCCGGCGAGUCCGGUGUGCCCUUCUUCAGCGUGAGCGGCUCCGAGUUCGUAGAGAUGUUCGUCGGUGUCGGUCCCUCCAGAGUCCGCGACCUGUUCGCGACGGCGCGGAAGAACGCGCCUUGCAUCAUCUUCAUUGACGAGAUCGACGCCAUCGGCCGGUCGAGACAGGAGGGCAACCGCAUGGGCGGCAACGACGAGCGCGAGGCCACGCUGAACCAGAUCCUCACCGAGAUGGACGGCUUCAACACCCAGGAGCAGGUGGUUGUGCUCGCGGGCACCAACCGAGCCGACAUCCUCGACAAGGCCCUGAUGCGUCCCGGCCGUUUUGACAGGCACAUUUUCAUCGACCGUCCGACCAUGAAGGGUCGCCAGGACAUCUUCAAGGUGCACCUCGCCAAGAUCGUCACCAAGGAGGACAUGGACCACCUCACCGGCCGCCUGGCCACACUGACCCCUGGCUUCUCUGGUGCCGACAUCGCGAACGCCGUCAACGAGGCUGCUCUGGUUGCCGCCCGUGCCAACGCCGAAACUGUGGAGAUGAUCCACUUUGAGCAGGCCAUUGAGCGUGUCAUCGGAGGUCUCGAGCGCAAGUCCCUCGUCCUUAACCCCGAGGAGAAGAAGACGGUGGCCUACCACGAGGCCGGCCACGCCAUCUGCGGCUGGUACCUCAAAUACGCCGACCCGCUCCUCAAGGUGUCCAUCAUCCCCCGCGGACAAGGUGCAUUGGGUUACGCCCAAUACCUGCCCCAGGGAGACGCCUACCUCAUGACGGUCCAGCAGCUGAUGGACCGCAUGGCCAUGACGCUGGGUGGGCGCAUCUCGGAGGAGCUGCACUUCCCGACCGUCACGACGGGCGCCAGUGACGACUUCCGCAAGGUCACCCAGAUGGCCCGCAAGAUGGUCACCCAGUGGGGCAUGUCGGAGAAGGUCGGCCCGCUGCACUUUGACGACGACCCCAACACGCUGCAGAAGCCCUUUGCCGAGGCGACGGCGCAGGCCAUCGACGCCGAGGUGUACAGGAUCGUGGACGAGGCGUACAAGCAGUGCAAAGACCUGCUGACGGAGAAGAAGACCGAGGUCGGCCUCGUGGCCGAGGAGCUGCUGAAGAAGGAGAUGCUGACGCGCGACGACCUGGUCCGCCUGCUGGGGCCCAGGCCUUUCGGCGACAACCAGGAGUUUGAGAAGUACUUUGGCGGCCAGGGACAGAAGAGCGCGCCGCCGCCGUUCCCCGCCGAGGAGCUCGACAACCCCCCCGAGCAGCCCCCCGCCCCCCCGGCGCCAACGUUCAAGAGCCUCGACGACGCGCCGAGGAGAUGA